AAUAAUUUCCUGACCUAAACCCUAGCCCCAAAAUCCAUUCUUGGAAAUGGGUAGUGUCGUCAAGAUCAUGUUGCAGAUAUUCUUAAUUUGUGUUUCAUUGUUAUUAUCGACAUCAUCGGCUUCAACAAUCUAUGACGUGCUUCAAUCAAACAGACUUCCGAUCGGACUUCUUCCAAAGGGUAUCACCAAUUUUACCUUUAACUCGUUCACCGGACGAUUCGAGGUCCAUUUGCAGUCGGCUUGCAGCGCUCAAUUCGAGUCUCAAGUUCGUUACGAUUUGAACGUAUCUGGAAUAAUCGGAUCUGGAAGGAUUGGCAAUCUGUCAGGCAUGUUGGCUCAGGACCUUUUCCUCUGGUUUCCCGUCAAGGACAUUCGUAUCGAUGAUCCUGAUUCUGGCAUCAUUUACUUCGAUGUCGGCUUUGUUCGCAAACAAUUCCCUCAAUCUUUGUUCGAAAUCCCCAGGGAUUGCAAAGCAGAUGAUCCCAAUUCUCCUGCUCCUGAACUAUUGAUGUUCAAAGAAGGCGGUCGAAUUUCUGAGAAUGAGGUUGUUCUGAGGCCUAAGGAAGAAGAAGCUGAUGAGGAGGAAGAGGAAGUUGUUUAUAGGGCAUUUUCAUGAAAUUGAUUUUGUUCUUGCUUGAGAGGGAAGGAGGGAGGGAGGAAUGCAUUAUGCAUACAAGUUUUUUCUUUUUCGUGGGUAAAUUAUAUAGGCCAUAAAAGUAAGAAG